AUGAAUUAUGAAAUGGUGUUAUGUGCAUGUUUGUUGAUUUCAUCAAUGCUCAAUUGCAUUUUUGCGGUUGUGAUAGCAGUUCUCGUGUAUCACAUCAUUGAAACCCAAAAACUAAUCAAGAACACAAAUCAAGAAGAAGUCAUUCAACCGUCAGGAUUAUUUUAUUCAAAUGAAAAGGAAGUUCAACUUUUACAAUCCGAAAAAGAAUACCAGAAGGUUGAAGAUAAAUUGAUUGUAACACCAAUAAUUGAGACGGCAAAAAGUUCCUUAUCACAAGUUACUCUGCAAGAAAUGGGAAGGACGCUCGAAGAUAAGUUAAUUGAUGAAAGAGACGGAAAUAUGACAACAAAUGAAAAGUUUUCAGAAACCAAAUGGGAGAAAGAAGCUAUAAAAGAAGAAGAUGUUUUAUCAAAGAAUAAAAAUGAAACAAAAAACCAUUUAAAGAAACCCCGUGGUGAAGUAAAAGAACAAUAUGAUGAUCAAACAUGUUUAAUGAGUAAAGAGAUUGACGAUAGUGGAAAUGUUUUGGAAGGUUCAAAGUUGUUGGUUAUUGAUCAAACUCUGGAAAAGGAGAUAAAAGAAAAACAAGAAGAAAGGACUGAAAAUAAAGUUAAAAUAGAUAAAGGUGUCAAUGGAAAGUUGUAUAACAAAGAAUAUAUUCCAGUUGACCAACCAACAACAGACAGUGAAUACUUAGAAGAAGAACUAGAAGAAGUUGAAUUGCCAAAGGAGUAUUAUAUUGAAGAAUGGAAUAGAAUGGUAGAUGCAAUGAAAGGAACAUGUGGUAUCUCUCAUUAUAACAUUGAUAUUGAAAUGCCUGAAAUAUGUUCUGAAGAUAGAGAGAGGAACAGAUUAUUAAAAGAAACACUUGAAAACAUUGAAGAAGAUGAUAAUAAAUUAAAGGAAAAGGCAUACUGUGAGACUGGAAAAAAGUUGGAAGUAGAAAAAACAAAAAGAAGACACAAAAAGACAAAAUACAACAACCAGAAAGGUGUCAUUAUAGAUGAUCAGAAAAAACCAAAGAGGACUAUAUGA